AUGGAGGCACUAGAUUCAUCCACCAGAGUUCGUGUGGCUUGUGAAAUGUGUCGCAAGCGUAAGCGCAAGUGCGAUGGUAUUCAGCCUGUAUGCCAUGGUUGCCGAAGUCGACAUGUUGAGUGCCGUUAUAAUUUGAGUAAACCACCGAGGUCUAUGCAACUAACAUUCCAUUCUGUACAGAGCUGA